AUGAUCACCAAGUUCAUGACCGAGGUCACGGCCAAGUUCAACCCCUUCUCGGCCUGUGCAAAGCCCGCCCGGCUGUUCCUCACUUUCCUGCCUCCCAACGCCCGGUCAAACGGCACGGCCAUCCACACGACCCUGCUUCCCCGGACGUCUACCGAGCCCAGCUCCGUCAAGGUCAAAUUCAAGGACGGCAAGGAAAUGGACUUCAACUGCUCCAAGAUCAACAUCAAGGGCCUCGUCGAAGAGGUCGACCGACACUCUCGCCAAUUGCAAAAGGUCGCCGACCUUACCGACUAA